AUGUCCUGUACCGACAAGUCCACGGCGAUCGGUGUGCUCAACGUCAAAAAAUCACCGUACCUUGAAAACCUGCGAAAAUGCGUGCCGGAGCCGAAAGUGGCAGCGCUCGAUUCCGGCUUGCCGAGAUGGAGUCGAUUGCCGCUCGAGGCGAAGAUCCCGGUGAUGCCCCACGUCACCGACGCACUGCUCUCGAGGAGGAAGCUCGGCGAGAGACUCUGGAUCGAGUACGUCGAUAGAAAGCGCUUCGUCGACUGCAGCGAUCCUUAUUCACGAGAGGUCAACAUCCCUUACGAGGGUCUGCAUGACGAGCACCUGGCGAGGUUCUUCCUGCAGUCGCAUCGGCUUCGCGAGUUUCUGAUCAAGACGGAGAUAAUAACGCCGGGCUUGGACGUCAAGUGCAAUCUCUGGGAGUACAACACGUACCGCAAUUACCUGAGAAUAAUGCACGGCAAGGCGAUGAAGAGGGAGCUGGUCGAGAGGGACGAGCUGCUGAAGGAGAAGCUCGUGCUCGACAUCGCUGACGGCCAAGCCCUGAAGAACAACGAGAAGCUGAAGAAGCAGGAAGUCAGACAGGCGAGGCUGGGCGAGCUGGAGGCCAAGCGAGCGGCCAAGAUUCGCCGGAUAUUCGACAAGGACAGGGCGGACGGCGCCAGGCUGGCCGAGUUGUGGGAGAAGCAGCGCCAGGAGACGCGCAAUAAGAUCGUCCGGCUGAAGGUGCAGAUGAACCGCAUCAAGCAGAGGCGCUUCCUGAUGGCCAAACUGGAGCAGCAGCGGAUACUGAACAGCUUCAGGGAGUGGAACGAGCGCGAUCGGCAGUUCCGAAAGCGGAUGGAGCAGAUGGAGGGGAACAAGCGCAGGAAGAAAAUCGAGGUGGCUCUGGAAAGGUUCGACAAGAAGAAGACGUCGCAGGAGGAAGCCAUCGAGAACGAGCUGCGCGUGAGGGAGUGCGUCGAGCAAUCGAAAAGCGAGUUCCUUCGAGAGUACCAGAAGAAAUUGGACGACAGUCAGCGCAAAUUGAGGGAGUUGUUCGAAGAGAAAAGAGCUGCACUGGAGAAGGCGCUGAAGAGGCCCCGAAGAGCCAGGAGAAAAGCCAAAAAGAUAGGCACUUGUUACUGCAAAGUAGAUUAA